GUACUGAAUAAUCUGGCAACACUUUAUUCUUCCGCCAUCUUAACUUUUAGUAGAAAGGAGGAAAAGUGAGGUCGGUCGUUACAUUUGCAAUCCACUCUAAUCGUAUAAACCAUUUGCAAUGGCUUUAAGACCAUUAGAAAAAUUAAAAAUUGUGAAAAAGAGAUUGAAGAAGUUUCGACGUCACCAAUCGGAUCGAUAUGUUAAGCUAAAACCGAACUGGAGAAAGCCAAGGGGUAUCGAUAACAGAGUAAGGAGGAGAUUUAAGGGACAAUGCUUAAUGCCUAAUAUUGGUUACGGAAGUGCAAAUAAAACAAAGCACCUGCUACCUAAUGGUUUCCGUAAAGUCUUGGUGCAUAAUGUUCGUGAAUUGGAGAUGCUGAUGAUGCAGAAUAAGAGAUUUUGUGCAGAAAUCGCGCACGGUGUGUCAUCUAGGAAACGCAAAGACAUCGUGGAACGAGCCCAACAAUUGGCUGUUCGUGUUACGAAUGCCAAUGCUCGUUUACGUUCCGAAGAAAAUGAAUAAAGCAAUUUUUGUAUAUUGCUGGUAUAUUAAAUAAAUCAGAAAAUUAAGAGUUUUUUUUUUAA